AUGUCUGUCACUUUGCAUACAACCCAAGGCGACCUGAAGGUCGAGCUUUUCUGCGAAGCUGUCCCCCAAACCGCGGAGAACUUCCUUGCCCUUUGCGCGUGCGGCGCAUACAACGAUACACCCUUCCAUCGCUUGAUCCCGGGAUUCAUGAUCCAGGGCGGAGACAUAUCCCUCGGCCCAGCCGCAAAACAGCAAGACUCCACCAAACCCAUGCUCGAUUUUGACAUUCCAAAAGGCGGCACAUCAAUUUAUCACCCAUCAGCAAUGAACCAAGAAAUACACCUUCCUUCACUACGCCACAAUGCACGAGGCAUAUUGUCCAUGGCAUCUCGCCCUGUGAAAGACGGAACUGCGCCAGGAUCCCAGGGCGCAACCGGUGCAACAAUCAAUGGCAGUCAAUUUUUUAUUUCAUUCGUGCCAGCCCCUCAUCUGGAUGGUGCCAGCACUGUAUUUGGGAAAGUAUUGAAUUUGAGCCCGCGGGAUGAAGGUGGGGAUGUACUCACGAAGCUCGAGAAGGCAAACGUCAAGGUUGACAAGAAAGGCAAGGUCUCUCAGCCGAAAGAGGGUGAUGAUUUUGAAGAGUUCCGGAUCAACCGUGUUACGAUCCAUGCCAACCCGUUUGCGAAGUGA